GCAGAUCGAGUCUCAGCUAGAGCUGGAGUUCCAUGAUUUCGUAAAACCCUCUCAUGUUAUAUAUAUUUCCCUUUAUUUCUUCUGGAUACGAACUUUUUAUGAAAAUUCUAGUAAGAAAUACGUUACCCAUUUGCAGUGUUUCUUUGUUUUGUUGCUAAAACAAUGCUACAGUCACAACCACUUGCAAGUGACUUUGAUUCCUGGUAAGCAAAUUCUGGACGGUGUGUUGGUUGCUGGUGAUUUGCAUAUCUUACUAAGUAUCUGGGCUUGCGGCAUAUAUUUUCGAGAUACUUGCGGACAAAGGCAUCCCCAAGUUGCACAAUAAAGGUCUACAUGUUUAUACAUACGAGUUGUACAAUUUUGACUGGGAGUUCCACAGUUUUCAGUAUUGACUAAACAAUCCAAAUUCCAGAAGAAGAAAAUUGGGAAGAAAGUUGGUUGGGAGAUGCAUCUUGCAGGAUAGAGUUUUCAUUUGAUACAUGAGUUUUGCUAUAAAUGUCUGAUAUUUGCAACAAAUGACACCCCAACUUUUUCCUCUGUCAGUCUACAAAAAAAGAAGCUGAAUCAGAGGAGAAGAGCAUAGCAGCAAAGAUGUCAAGCAUCCCAGAAGUGCUCUACCAUGAUAUCCUUUUAAAGGCUAUUUUUCUUGAGAGUUUGGGAGUGUCAGAAGGGCGUCUUUGUGUAGUUAAAAAAGAUUACUUUGGUCCUGACGCUCGUCUUGAAUUCUGGGAGAUGCUGGAUUAUGGAGUUGAAGAAUCUUGGACUAGGCGUUAUAUAAUUAUUCAUGAGAGUAUUCUGAUGGACAAUAAUUUUCGCAUGAUGUGGUCUUUUGAGAAUGGUAAGUUUCUAUUCUUGAGUACUGGUACUCUAGCUUUGUAUGAUCCAGAAGAUGGAAGUGUAAGAGGACUAAAUAAUAAGCAUGAUAUUUACUUCAUGGACGGAGCGAGUUAUUUUGAAAGCAUGGUUUCACUCAAGUCUGGUACUUAUUUUGGGGGAGAUGGUCGAAUAGAGGAAUUAAGAGAACCUUGAGGAAUUAUAAGCUUUAGAAGGAAGAAAAAUGGGUGAAAUCGAGUAUGUUAUUGGUCCUUGUUAUUGGUGUAUUUCUCCGGUUUAUGUCUUCAGUAUUUAGUGAAUUAUCAGUACCAAAUUAUAGUACUAUGUUACAUUUCGGUUCUCAUGCGAUAUUUUUUUUCAGACCCUUAAUAUGUGUCUUGGAUUCCUUAAACGGAGGGAAUAGUAUUAGUUUUCUGCAACUAGCGUAAAUUUAUUUGUUUUGUGCGAUUGCAGAGCUUAUGAGCAGAAACGUUUCAUUAUAAGUUUAUAAUAACUAUGUGAGGAA